AAUAUUUUUAUUUCAUUAUUUAAAGUAUUCAAUAAAAAACUCGUAUUACCAAUCUUUUGAUAGUUGGUUAAAUUCGUGAUAUCAAGUGUAUUUUGAAAAUAAUUUCAGUACUGUAACAAAACUUUCGUUAUUUGUGGCUGGAAUAUGUAUAUAUUCAGUUUCUCAUUGACAAUAGAGGAUCAGUCAGUGUAUGUUUAUUUCAACAUUGUUUGAGAUGUAAUCGAAGAAUAAAUAUAUUCCACAAAAUGUCAGAAAAUGUAUUGCACUUUAUAUUGUUAAGUGUAUGUUUGUCAAUGAAUUCAAAAUAUUGUAGCGCAGUUCUACAGUUUGAAGAACAACCACAAGAUGCCCGUAUUAAACUUGGUGAGGAUCACACAUUUUCCUGCAUUGCAAGUGGUAUGCAAGAGCAAGAUCGGCUUACUUGGUUGAGGGAUGGAAUUGAGGUUGAUACACUGAUAGAAUAUAAUAGUCGGCUGACAAUCGGGUAUAACAAGCUCACAAUAGGGAAGUUAACUACAUUAUUUAUAAAUGAUGCUUUAAAAACCGACGAUGGAAUCUAUAAAUGUAUUAUCAUACCGUCUAGGGCAGAAGUAAAUCAGAAAUAUUCUGAUGAAGCUACACUAACAAUUCUGUCACUACCUUCACCAGCUUACCCGUUAUGUUCUGUACAUGAUCUUGAUAUUGCCAUUGGAUCAGUAAUAACAUUUUCUUGUGUUUCUGAACGUGUCCAACCACCAGUAAAUUUAACAAUCACGCGUGGUUUAAUAGAAAUCACAUAUGGAAUAUCAUUCGUAGAACGUAACGAUUUAAAGACAUUAGAAAUGAGAUGGAGAGCAAGAAAAGAAGAUAAUGGCGCCAUUUUGACAUGCCAUCAGACAUCACCACUUGCUCCUGAAACAGAACACACAUGUUCUGUUGGUCCUUUGAAUGUUCAAUAUAAACCAGAAAUCCAGAUUCAAUACACAAAUCCAGUAAUACCUGAGCGAGAGACGAUUUUAUUUUGUCAGACAUCUUCUAACCCUCCUAUUACGGGAUACCAAUGGCAUCUGAAACCUGAAUUUGAGCUAAAUGAAUAUAAUGUUGACGAAACUGGACAGAUAUUAAAAUUAUUCAGACCUUCGUUACAGCAAAGCGGAACAAAUAUUACAUGUACUGCUACUAAUGAACUUGGCCGAUCAUCGUUAACAGUAAAGCUAAUUGUUGCAAACCCAAAUAGUGUUAAUGAAAAAGGUAAUGCCAAUAUACGACAACUGUCCGAAAACAAUGACGGUGGAAUUCGUUUAUCAUUAGAUGUUGUAAUUAUCAUUGCUGCCGGUGUUGUUAUUAUUGUUGUACUUGUUGUGCUAGUGCCCAUCUACCAUUAUUGCUUGUGCAGUAAUGUUAACACUACGACAGUUGAUUCUUUGAGAAAUGAAGUAUCCCAACCUGAAGUGUAUUAUGAGGCUAGAGAAGGAGUUAUUUUAAGACACACGAUACAAGAUCGUUCAUUGCCUCGUGUACCAACAACAGAAGUGUAUGGUCAUUGGAGACAUUCAACCGCUUCGCAGGUUCCCAAUGAUCUGGAGUCACAUAGUUACACUUAUAUUGAUACCGAGAAUGAUUAAUACUUUACUAAUUUUAGACU